AUGCAUCAAAUAGCGUAUAAACAGCAAAAACUACUAGUAAACAUGUCAUUGAGAUUGCCACAGAACCCCAAUGCGGGCUUGUUCAAGCAAGGGUACAACAGUUACUCGAAUGCCGACGGUCAGAUCAAUAAAUCCAUUGCUGCUGUUCGUGAACUACAUCAGAUGUGUCUGACCUCUAUGGGUCCAUGCGGGAGAAACAAGAUCAUCGUCAACCAUUUGGGUAAGAUUAUUCUCACUAAUGAUGCUGCUACUAUGUUGCGUGAGUUGGAUAUUGUUCAUCCAGCCGUGAAGGUCCUCGUGAUGGCCACUGAACAGCAAAAGAUCGACAUGGGUGAUGGUACCAACUUAGUCAUGGUUCUCGCUGGGGAAUUAUUGAAUGUAUCUGAGAAGUUAGUUGCCCUGGGAUUGUCUCCGGUGGAAAUCAUUCAGGGUUACAAUAUGGCCAAGAAUUUCACUCUUGAAGAAUUGGACAAGUUGGUUGUCGAUGAAGUUAGCGAUAAAACCAAGAAGGAAGAGCUCCUAAAGAUCAUUAAGCCUGUGAUUUCGUCAAAACAAUAUGGGUCUGAAGAUAUUCUAAGCAGCUUGGUUGCCGAGGCCGUCUCCUAUGUGCUACCAAAGGGCUCUGUCAGCAACCCAUACUUCAACGUCGACUCUAUCCGUGUCGUUAAGAUCAUGGGUGGGUCUCUUGCCAACUCCUCAGUCAUCAAAGGUAUGGUGUUCAACAGAGAACCAGAAGGCCAUGUGAAAUCCCUGCCAGAAGGUGAGAAACAUAAAGUUGCCGUCUUUACCUGUCCAUUAGACAUUGCCAACACCGAGACCAAGGGAACUGUUUUACUGCAUAACGCUCAAGAAAUGCUCGACUUCUCGAAAGGUGAAGAAAAACAAAUUGAUGCCAUGAUGAAAGAGAUUGCUGACAUGGGUGUGAAAUGUAUUGUUGCUGGUGCUGGUGUGGGUGAACUGGCUCUACAUUACUUGAACAGAUAUGGAAUUCUCGUUUUGAAAGUUCCAAGCAAGUUUGAAUUGAGAAGAAUAUGCCGUGUAUGCGGUGCUACACCAAUGCCAAGACUCGGUGCUCCAACACCAGAAGAAUUAGGUGUAGUGGAUACCGUAAAGACCAUGGAAAUCGGUGGUGAUAGAGUUACUGUUUUCAAGCAAGAAGCAGACGAGGUUACGAGAACAUCCACAAUCAUUCUCAGAGGUGCCACACAAAACAACCUGGACGACAUAGAAAGAGCUAUUGACGGUGGUGUGUCCGCCAUUAAGGGUUUAAUGAAGCAAGCAGGUGGCCAGCUAUUGCCUGGUGCCGGUGCCACUGAAAUCGAGCUAGUCUCUAGAAUCACCAAGUUCGGUGAAAAGACCCCUGGUUUGCUACAACUUGCUAUCAAGCAAUUUGCUCUAGCAUUCGAAGUCAUUCCACGUACACUUGCUGAAACCUCCGGUCUCGAAGUGAACGAAGUAUUACCAAACUUGUACGCCUCCCAUGCCAACGAGAGCGAAGAAAGUCUGUAUCAGGGUAUUGACGUUGAUGGAGAACAGGAAGAAGGGAUCAAGGACAUCAGAGAAGAAGGUAUCUACGACAUGCUAGCCACGAAGAAGUUCGCAAUUAAUGUUGCCACGGAAGCUGCCACUACAGUCCUGUCUGUGGACCAAAUCAUCAUGGCCAAGAAGGCGGGUGGACCAGCAGCCCCUCAAGCACCAAGACCAGGUAACUGGGACCAAGCGGACUAG